GCGGCGAGGCGGUGGCGGUGGUGAGGUCGGCGGCGCCGAGGCAGCGGCGGUGGCGCGAUGCCGGCGGCGGCCGGGGGGCUGCUGUGGUGGAGCUGCUGCGUGCUGGCGGCGGCGGCCGCCGGGGCCCCGCGGGCCGCCGCGGCGGCGCAGGCAGUGUGUGCCGGCACCGAGAACAAGCUGAGCUCCCUCUCUGACCUGGAGCAGCAGUAUCGGGCCCUGCGCAAGUACUAUGAGAACUGCGAGGUAGUUAUGGGCAACCUGGAAAUCACCAGCAUUGAGCACAACCGAGACCUCUCCUUCCUGCGGUCUAUCCGAGAAGUCACAGGCUAUGUUUUGGUGGCUUUGAAUCAAUUUGAAUACCUGCCAUUGGAGAACCUACGCAUUGUUCGUGGGACCAAACUCUAUGAAGAGCGAUAUGCUUUGGCGAUAUUUCUUAACUACAGAAAGGAUGGUAACUUUGGACUCAGGGAACUUGGCUUGAAGAACUUGACGGAAAUACUGAAUGGAGGGGUGUAUGUUGGCCAGAACAAAUUUCUUUGCUUCGCAGACACCAUUCAUUGGCAGGAUAUCGUGCGUAACCCCUGGGCCUCCAACUUCACUUUGGUUCCAAUGAAUGGCAGCUCAGGAUGUGGUCGAUGCCACAAGUCCUGCACAGGCCGAUGCUGGGGACCCACAGAGAAUCACUGCCAGACCUUAACGAAGACAGUGUGUGCAGAGCAGUGUGAUGGACGAUGCUAUGGGCCAUACGUCAGCGACUGCUGCCACCGGGAAUGCGCUGGAGGCUGUUCCGGACCUAAAGACACUGAUUGCUUUGCCUGUAUGAAUUUCAAUGAUAGUGGUGCCUGUGUCACGCAGUGCCCCCAGACUUUUGUAUACAACCCUACCACCUUCCAACUGGAGCAUAAUCACAAUGCCAAGUACACCUAUGGGGCAUUUUGUGUCAAAAAGUGCCCACACAACUUUGUGGUAGAUUCCAGCUCUUGUGUCCGUGCCUGUCCGAGCUCCAAGAUGGAGGUUGAAGAAAACGGUAUUAAGAUGUGCAAGCCCUGCACUGACAUUUGUCCUAAAGCAUGUGAUGGCAUUGGAACAGGGAGUUUAGUGUCAGCUCAGACGGUGGAUUCCAGCAACAUUGACAAGUUCAUAAACUGUACCAAGAUCAACGGCAACCUUAUCUUCCUUGUUACUGGGAUUCAUGGGGACCCAUAUCACACAAUCGCUGCAAUCAAUCCAGAGAAAUUGAAUAUCUUCCAAACAGUGAGAGAGAUAACAGGGUAUUUGAACAUACAGUCGUGGCCUGAGAAUAUGACAGAUUUCAGGGUGUUUUCUAACUUAGUUACUAUUGGUGGAAGAGCUCUCUAUAGUGGCCUUUCCUUACUCAUCCUAAAGCAACAAGGCAUUACCUCUCUGCAGUUUCAGUCCUUGAAGCAAAUCAGUGCUGGCAAUAUUUACAUAACAGACAACAGCAAUUUGUGCUACUACCACACUGUGAACUGGACCAGCCUCUUCAGCACACCCAGUCAAAAGACAGUGAUUCAUCGAAAUAAAAAGGCAGAGAACUGCACUGCCGAUGGAAUGGUAUGUAAUGAGUUAUGCUCAAGUGAUGGCUGUUGGGGGCCAGGGCCAGACCAGUGUCUCUCCUGCAAGCGCUUCAUCAGGGGAAGGACCUGCAUAGACUCUUGUAACCUGUAUGAUGGGGAAUUUCGAGAAUUUGCAAAUGGUUCUGUCUGUGUGGAAUGUGAUCCCCAGUGUGAAAAGAUGGAAGAAAACAUGAUCACGUGCUAUGGACCGGGACCUGACCACUGCACAAAGUGUUUCCAUUUUAAGGAUGGUCCAAAUUGUGUGGAAAAAUGUCCUGAUGGCUUACAGGGGGCCAACAGCUUCAUUUUCAAAUAUGCUGAUGAGGAUCGUGAGUGUCAUCCAUGUCAUCCAAACUGCACCCAAGGGUGCAUAGGGCCACGUAUUGAGGACUGCAUCGGCCUGAUGGAUAGGUGUAGAGGUCCCGCUAGUCAUGACUGCAUUUACUAUCCAUGGACACGACAGUCCACUUUACCACAACAUGCUAGAACCCCUUUGAUUGCUGCGGGAGUUAUUGGUGGCCUGUUCAUCAUCGUCAUUGUGGGCCUGACAUUUGCCGUGUAUGUUCGGCGCAAAAGCAUUAAAAAGAAGAGAGCAUUGCGAAGAUUCCUGGAGACUGAGCUUGUGGAACCCUUGACUCCAAGUGGCACAGCACCCAAUCAAGCACAGCUUCGUAUCCUGAAGGAAACUGAGCUGAAACGAGUAAAGGUUCUUGGCUCCGGAGCCUUUGGAACUGUAUACAAGGGUAUUUGGGUCCCCGAAGGAGAAACCGUAAAGAUUCCUGUGGCCAUUAAGAUCCUUAAUGAGACCACUGGUCCAAAAGCCAAUGUGGAGUUUAUGGAUGAAGCUCUUAUCAUGGCCAGCAUGGACCACCCGCACCUGGUGAGACUCCUGGGUGUCUGCUUGAGCCCGACCAUCCAACUAGUCACUCAGCUGAUGCCUCAUGGCUGCCUGUUGGAUUAUGUUCAUGAACAUAAGGACAAUAUUGGCUCCCAGCUUCUGCUAAACUGGUGUGUCCAAAUAGCUAAGGGCAUGAUGUACCUGGAAGAGAGGAGACUUGUCCACCGGGACUUAGCAGCCCGUAAUGUCUUGGUGAAAUCACCAAACCAUGUGAAGAUCACUGACUUCGGCUUGGCCAGGCUUUUGGAAGGGGAUGAAAAGGAGUAUAAUGCUGAUGGAGGGAAGAUGCCAAUUAAGUGGAUGGCUCUGGAGUGCAUACACUACAGGAAAUUUACCCACCAGAGUGAUGUUUGGAGCUAUGGAGUCACUAUCUGGGAGCUUAUGACCUUUGGUGGGAAGCCGUACGAUGGAAUCCCAACUCGAGAGAUCCCUGACCUCUUGGAGAAGGGAGAGCGGUUGCCCCAACCUCCAAUCUGCACUAUCGAUGUUUAUAUGGUGAUGGUGAAGUGCUGGAUGAUUGAUGCUGACAGUCGGCCAAAAUUCAAGGAGCUGGCUGCUGAAUUCUCUAGAAUGGCCCGAGACCCUCAGAGAUACCUAGUAAUUCAGGGAGAUGAUCGUAUGAAGCUCCCAAGCCCAAAUGACAGCAAGUUCUUCCAAAACCUUCUUGAUGAGGAAGACCUGGAAGAUAUGAUGGAUGCUGAAGAGUAUCUUGUUCCUCAAGGCUUCAACAUCCCUCCUCCCAUCUACACCUCCAGGACAAGAAUUGAUUCCAACAGGAGUGAAAUUGGACACAGCCCUCCUCCUGCCUACACCCCUAUGUCAGGAGUCAUGAUGUCGAAAUUUCCUUGCACGCCCUUGCUGACAAGCAAAAUGAACCAGUUUGUGUAUAGAGAUGGUGGCUAUGCUGCAGAAGUGCCGAUGCCAUACAGAGCUCCCGGCUGCGUAAUACCAGAAGCCCCAGUUGCUCAAGGGGCCACAGCAGAGAUCUUUGAAGAUGCUUGCUGUAAUGGCACAAUACGAAAACAAGUGGCAACCCUGGCAAAAGAGGACAGCAGCACCCAGAGGUACAGUGCUGAUCCCACAGUCUUCAUACCCGAGCGGGUCAUCCGGGGAGAGCUGGAUGAGGAUGGGUACAUGACGCCGAUGCGAGACAAACCUAAAACAGAUUACCUAAACCCGGUGGAAGAGAACCCAUUUGUUUCCCGACGAAAGAAUGGAGAUCUCCAAGCUGUGGACAACCCAGAGUAUCACAACGCUCCGAACGGGCAGCCCAAAGCAGAGGAUGAGUACGUGAACGAGCCAUUGUACCUCAACACUUUUGCAAACACCUUGGAAAAUGCCGAGUACCUGAAGAACAAUUUGCCAGAGAAAGCCAAGAAGGCCUUUGACAACCCAGACUACUGGAACCACAGCCUGCCCCCACGAAGCACCCUCCAGCACCCAGACUACCUGCAAGAGUACAGCACAAAAUACUUUUACAAACAGAAUGGACGGAUCCGGCCCAUUGUGGCAGAGAAUCCUGAAUACCUCUCCGAGUUCUCCCUGAAGCCUGGCACUGUGCUGCCCCCGCCGCCCUACAGACACAGAAAUACAGUGGUGUAGUGACCGUGGUCUUACAGAAGUGGAAAGGCAACCCCUUCUAGCUGCCUCACCCUUUCUCUCUCUCUCUCCUUCCAAUCUCUACCCCCUUCCUCCCUCCCUGCCUAUCUUUCUCCCAUGAGCUUCCUCUUCUUGCUAGUUCACUCAUUUUGAUAUUUCUAAGUGAAAGGAUGUCUUGGAGUUGUUUGCAGAUUGGGUUGGGAAUCUGGAAGGAAGGAAGGAAGGAAGGAGAGAGACUGAAAGAAGGCAUGUACAACCUGGCAUUUCUCACUUUCCGCAGAUCCAGAGGGUCGGACGGUCAGAGAAGCCAGACAGUACCAGUAAAGGCCAGUGGCAGUGUUGCCUGCUGUUGAGCUAGUUCUCAGUGAUUCAACCCAGACACUGUAGGGAAAGCCACAGAGAGGCUGUUUCUUUCAGCGGGAACUGAUGAGAGUCUGUACAGCAUUCCUGGAAAUCUCAACGCAGUUUCCAUAGGGGGAAAAAACGGACAAUUUUUAUAUCACGUGUGAUUGCAUAGUAAUUGAGAUUAAGAAUCCAAUUUCUUUCUCUAACACUUUCUAUCCCAGCAACUGAAAAUGGCUAACGUGGCUUUUCAUAAUUGUUCAGAUCUUCAUCGUGGCUUUCCAAGAAAUGAUGAUGUGACUCUAAUACAUGGCUAAACCCUUUUUCUGAGCCACACCAUGAUUUUGUGCCAAUUCCUAACCACAGAGACUCCCGCUCAGAACUGGUACAUGACUCGACCAUUUUUGUAUAUGUGCCAACAUGACAAACACUUUAAACACAAAAACCCUUUCAGAAGAGAGUAACAAAACCAUGCCUCCAACAUGUUCUUUUUGAAGCUAAAAGACAGGCCAAGAAACCAAGAUUUGUAUGCAAAAACUUUGCUUUCCUGUUUUAUACCUGGUGACUAUAAAUGCAUAAAAAGACCUAAACAAAUUCUUCCCUCUUUUUCUUCUUUGUGAUCAUGAAGGGAGUUGGGGAUGCUGUCAGGCAACACUGAGGACAAGAUGGAGAACUGGAGAGUUUGCUAUGGGUCAUGAAGUCUGCUGGCGUUAUGUGGGGUGGUGGUGGGAAGGGUCCUUUAAACUGGAAGACAGACACUGGACUGGAGAAAACGCACAUAGCGGUUCACUGGAAAGUUAGUUUGCACUUAAGCUCCAAUUUCAUUUGAACUGUUUUCUGGAUUUUGAAUGAAGCAAUAUGGAAGUGACCAGCAAAAUACAAAAUAAUAAUUUUAAAUUUAAAAAAAAAAUGAAUUAUAUGUAAAGGAUGACUGUGGAAAUGCCAAAAUGAAGCAAAUCAAGUCUUUGGAACAAUGUCUACCAGUUCUGAGAGGCCAUUGCAUUGACUGCUUCAGAGAAUACAGUGACAGAGCAACCAGCUCUUACUGCUGCCAUGUGAGGGACAGCAGAGCAAGCCCUGAAAGGGAUCCAAGGAGACAAAUGUCUUGCUCUGGCUUGCAGCACAGUACGGAAUACUUUCUUCUAAAGGGAGGAUUACUCUGGUACAGAAGACGGUGCAUAUGAGGUUUCAGAAGUCAAAAUACGCAUGACUCCGUCAAAAAUGUAAAUAAGUAUGAGUCAGUCUCCUUGCACUUAGUUCUGCUUUCAUCAACCUCAAUUUUUAGGUAGACAUCCCCAACCCUCUGGCCUGCUCCUCUUUGGUAAUAUCUUUCAGCCAGAGUUCUGGACGUUUUUAGCAACCUGAGGCAGAUGGAGCUGGGAAGGGAGGCGUAAGGGCCAGAGACACUGAUGGCUUGCUCCUGACACGCCAAGGCCCAUGUGUGUAGGAGCAUUUGCAUAUCUAGUUCCCACCAAAAAUCUUAAGGAACUAUUAAGUACCUUUGAAGAUCUGCCUGUGUCUCUAUCUAUCAAGGCCUUUAAAGGGGAAGAAACAGUACCUGAUGGAUGGCAAUCUUAGGUGAGACAACAGUAUUUCAGUUUAUGCGCUUCAGUACUAUUAAAGUUGAGAUCUUUGGGGUGACCUAACCUGGCAACAAAACCAGCAACAACCAGUGGUCUGGAAAUGGCAUCAAGCUCCUCCAAAUUCCUGCCAUCUCAACAGCUUGCCACCUUUAAUCGUAGGGAAGCAGAGGAAGGAGUAAGAAACAAGCAAUAGUUACCCAAAUCUUGGUGGCUGAGGGUCAGCUUGACAAAGGUAUGAAGAGAUUUCAAACCUGGGUUGGUUGUUAUGCUUGUAGGUGCGAAAAAAAUUGUGUAUGAUCAUUAGGUCAAGGUUUGUGCAGCCAACAGCCUGUUUCUGCGUCAAGUGUGUUCAGGCCAGCUUGAACCAGCUGCAGAGUGGAUAUUAAACCUGUAAACUGAGUACGUAGCUGAAAAGUCUGAAAACGGCAAGAACGAGUACAGACAUUUGAAGCUAUUAAAAGGAGACGUUGGGUCAAGCGGUACCAAGGUGGUUUGUAGUGGGAGAACAAAACGACCAGCAGACCGCUAAAGUGGGAUAGAUGGUUACAGAAGCAUCGUGCACCUGAGAGGCCUUGGCUCUUCCUGGUGCCCUCCCGUAACUCCUCAGGAUCUUGGCAGGGGACGGAGGCAGGCAUUGGCGAGGGGCUGGGGCACAGAGGGGUGGCACGAGGUCCUGGAGGCACCCCUCCAGGGAAGGUUUGCCAGCAGUAGUGCUCACAGGGUGUCUUCUGAAGCACAGGCAAGGGUCUGCCAGGUUGGGAUGCAAUUGCCAAGCUGCCCGGAGACAAAGACCAGCGCAGGAUUGUGGAUGUCCUCUUUCCGCGCAGAAGCAGCUUGGGUUACAUAGGUAGGUGGAGAAAGGGGUGAUUUGUCCCUGCGCAAGUCUUGUAACAGAGUAACGCCUAAUGGGGGAAAAAUAAAAUCCUAGUACAGUUUAGGUGUUUGAAUUCAAAGAGGUGCACUCAAAGGCUGCCGGGGCAGAAGCAUGCACACCCCCAAACCCAGGUGGGAUGGUGCUUGGAUGUAGCUGCUAAUGGGAGGUGAGGCCUGUUUGUUUCUCUGGUAAUUAAGUAGUACCGGUGUUGGAAACAAGCCCGUUGAAUAAUCAAAAUGUAAAUAAUUGUGGUUUUUAACAAUUUAACAUUUUAUUUCUUAUAAAACUUGAAUUAUUUAUUCAUUUUAAUUGUUGUCUGUAGGUGUGAUAUAAUGUAUUAAGUAGCGUGGAAAUGCAGAGGUUCCUUGAAGUGAGGCAGCACGAAGGCCAGAACGGAAGCUACCUUACACCAGGGCUUUGACACGCAGCCAGGCUGGGCCGCGCUGAGCCAUGCCAGCUGUGUCUUGAAUAGCAGAGGGAAAACAAAGGGUUGAUGAACACAGUAAUGCCUGAUGAUGGAAAACUCAACAGACUGCAGCUUCACAAGUGGGCUUUUUUUUUUUUUUCCCCUGGGCUUCUGGUUUGAGUUGCAAUUGCCAAAAAUGGCCCUUAUGUUUCCUGCUGUGCCAGUAGUUGACCUUGGUUGCAGUGCAAAGGGCCUGCGUGGUGCUGAGCGUCUGGUUAGCCGCUUCCUUUUCCCCAGUAAGAAUAGCAGUCUUCUGAACACAGCCCGUAAAUCUGCACCUUUCCUCUGGAAGAGUACUGCCUCUGAGCUACUUCGGCAGAUUUUUUGUCUCUUUGCCAAAGAAAGUUUAACCAUGGUUAAAGAAAGAAAGCAAAACUGAGAGCAGAACCAUUUGGCUGCUUUAAUCAGAUCAGCAGAAAUACCCGGCUGGCCCUAGGUCACACAUUUGCCUUAGUGGGUAUAGCUGCUGGCUUGGUGAAAGAUGUCAGGCAAAUGUACGUGCCAAAAUCACGGCAAACAUUCCACUGUAUUAUCUUGUGAAAGAUGAGGGUCAGGCUUUUUAAUGAAUAAUUACAGGUUUGGGGGGAUAACCAGGUAUUUCCAUGCACAAACAGUGUUUGGUCAGCACAAAGCAGUAGGUGAGAGCACCAGCAGAAGUAUUUUGUCUGGGUGUAAUUAAUUCUCUAGUUCAGCGAUGGUAUCUGUACACAGCACUGUCAGUUUUUAUGGAUUUUAUAAUGCAGUCUCCUAUUUGUAAAUGUUUUCCUUUCCCUUAUCGUCACCUGCGCGACAGAAGAGCAGUGACUAACUUUUCAAGAGCAGAUAUCCAGGUGUGUAUCAGCCAUCAUCCAAGGCACAAAGCAACGCGCUAAAUGAAAGAGAACAACAGCUUAUUUUUUCGUAAUCUCUUUCAGCGAUACUUGUCUUAGAUGUUAUUAUCUACCUGAGGGUUAUUUCAAACAGACGUGGAUGCUGGAUCUGAUUGACUUGCUGUAACAUAAUUGACUGAAACCAACUGCUUUUAAGUUUCCUUCUUCAGCUCUUUUCAAAUUUUUCUUUUUCUGCAAAAUAGCCAGGAGGGAUUCUUACAUGGCCGUUCACUCAGAUUGUAGCAGAGUAUUUACAACUUGCUUUCAAACCAGUCAUCUCUCACAGGUAGCAAGCAAUGGAAAUAAAUCCAAGUGAGUAUCAGCAGUAGGAGCUGCCGUGUGGGUCUGUUUCAGGUACCUUAAGCUCAGCCCUGAAAUCCUUUUCUUUGUACAAAAAAAGGUUGCGUUAACGCUGGCUGUACCACUUAUUUGGUAGGAAACACAUUUCUUGACUGCAGGAAUUGCAUGCAAUGACUUCAUUCCAGUUAUUUCCUGGAUUAGUGGGGAAAUACCUUUCCCUUCCUGUCCCACAAGUGCUAAGCCCAGAGACUGCCUGUGGAGGGCACUUGUGCAGAUGUGGUGCUGGGGCAGGGCAGCCGGGACACAUGCCACUGAUCUGAUACCGGUUUCCACUAAAGAUUUGAGAGGGAGUUACAGGGGAGCACGACCCCUCACCCUCAGCCACCACCAGUCCCAGCCUAGAAGCAAAGAAAAUGGCAGCUCCGAAAGACCAGCUUGGCCCUGGCUCUCUGUGGCUCCAUUCUUUUCCAUACCUAUAGGUAGAGCUGGGCAGUAUGGGUGAAGAGUACAGCUGUGAGGUAAGUCAGCCUAGAAAUGUAGCUUGGGGUUGGGGUUUUUUCUGAGGAUGGACCUAUAUGGGAAACUUGGAUAUUAAAGAAAAAAAAUCUUUUCUUUCUGGUGGGGUGUCUGUGUAGGUGUCCUGUGUCAUGGUGGCAGCUAAAGGAAUGAAGGGGUUAUUUGGGCUCAGCCUCGCUGCCCCCCAGAGCUCUGCGCACCCUGGGCAGGUAUCUCUUUAUGGAGAGGGUAGCAGCCACUGCAGCACCCACACACGGACACUCGCACCCUCUGCCUGCUGACCCUUUAAGAGGGAGGAAUUGGAGUAACGUAAAUGCCCCGGGGACUGACAGCUGGGGCAUCGCUCACUUGUCAGGAUGGAUUUUCCCCUUGCUUUGCACAAGGGGCUUACAGGGGUUCCCAGCCUGAUUCCCAAUCACGUUUGGAACUAUUGAGCUCGGGUGGGUAUUUACCUGCUUUGAGGGCUCUUUAGCUUGAGGGCGGCUGGUGGAAUGGAGGCCGGUGGAUGGAGGCUUUAGCAUGAACCAUAGCCGGGUGUCCGGUUGUUAGUCACCUCUUUGGUUCUUAAGGAGCACCUCAAAGGGGAGAUUAUUGCCUCACGUUCCCUUCAGCAAUUAUUUUUCAAAAGGUGUUGUGAUUUGCAGUUAGGUGAAGGCUGUGUACCUGUGCAUUUCUAGCUCUCUCACUUGCAAUAGUCUCAUUCCCGUGGAUCGUGGACCUCUGCUGCUGACAAAAGAGCUUGUCUGUUGUUAUAUAAAUCUGUGGGUUUGGGUUCACAUUUUUUUUAGAAAGGCAAGGCUGCGCGGGGCGGGGUUGGUUGGCUGUAACGUUCAUGCUCCAUCACGUGCAAGGAGCUGCGGUCGUCCCACAGGGCAGACUCUGUGCGGCGUCGCUGUGUUUGCAAGAUUGCCCCUCUUCUUUAUUUUCUGGCUCCUGCUAAGCGUUAGAGGGGUGGCGAAGGUCACUGUUACGAAUGGGGCUUUCAAACUCGGAAUAAGUAACAGAAAUAAAGCUUUGUGGUUAGAAGCACCACUCUCAGAUGUCCAAAAAUCACUCGCCCCCACCUUUGUUUUAAUUUUAUUUUAGCAUGAGGUCAUAUUCCUGUACCAUUGUGUGGAUUAGUACGUUGUUACACUGGUAGGCUCAUUGCUGUUGCGGAAAUGACUGACAGGUAAGGCUGCUGUGAGUGGUAUUGCAGUGGUAGCUGGGAUCCGCCUGUAGGUUUGGAGGAUGCAGAGCACCGUUCGGGGGGGGCCGGCUCUGACUGAUGGCGGUGGGACUUGCCUGAACCGCAGCCCAGCGUGUCUCCUAACCAGAGCCAGCCUGAAGAGGUGCUUCUGCCCCAGGCAUCCUCCAGCUGGGGUCUGUGCCGACAAAGCCAGGAAAAGGUGUGUGUGGGGGGAACCUAAGGACAUUAUCCCCAUCGGGAACCAAGAGGAGUCAGAGCUGCUUUUUUUUUUUUUUCCUUUUUUAUUAUUUAAUUUUGAGAGAGAGAGCUUUGUGGACCUUGGUAGAGAGGGGUUUUAAGGGGAGGUUUGUAAAGUGUUGGGCAGUGUGACUCUUCACGUCCCAGUUCUUCUCCCCUCCCCAAUAAAAAAAGCCAUGAAAUCGUGCUCCAGGCAUGUUGUGGACGAAACCACCAGGGCAAAGGCGCAUCCCGCACAGCACCCUCUCGCUGACGGCUCGGGUGUGAGCAGGGCACACACGUACAUCGAGCCGUCGGCUGUCACUGCCGUGCGCUGGCCAUGAGUGCUGCUUGCCAGCAGUCUGGUCCCCAGAGCGCCACCGUCCCCACGCCCUGCCCAACCUUUGAGCCCUCUCGGGGAGAAAACACUGUAUUGUCCAUAGCACUCCGAAGACUAAACCCUUUUGGGAUAACCACAGUAAUAAACUGUGAAUGGUAUUUUAUAAGUAAGUGUAGAUAUGUAUGCCGUUCUUUUGAGGUAAGGUACUAUGACAUAUGUAGCAUAAACUGGUACUGCUGUUAAAUGGGUCGAUUAUUAACUGAGCAGCUGUGUUAAGGGGUAGCUAACUUUGAAUGCACUAAACUACUGUUCCUUUGAAGACGGGGACUUGAAGGUCGUUGCUGGGUACUUGUCGUUUCAUGGUGGGGUGUGUUAAGAGGAAAAUGCAGGUCAAUGAAAACACAGCAUUUUUUAUAGCAUUUUAAUGUUGGAAAUUGGUACAUUCGAUACAUCCUCACAAUGGUUUUAAUCCCCUUUUCUUGCCCAGUUUUUGCAAUUUCCCCAACAUCAUAAGCUGGAAUUUCUAAAGAGGUGGCAGCCCUAGUGUAGGGAGGGGAAACUGAGGGGAAGAAGAAGUCUUUCUGAAAACCGAGAUACCCAAAAUGUAUUAUUUCCUGACCUGGCGGUCUUGAACUAUCGACUUUUUCUUUUCCGACGAGGCUCAGAUUCCCAGGUCAGGAGGAUGACGUUGCCGUCCCCUCGAAACCAAAGGCCGAGCCCCACCUGGGAGGUGGCACAGGGAUAGCACCGAGCUGCUGCGAGGCUCGCGGCACGGGGGGCGGCUGCCUCCCUGGGCCCUGCUGCCUCCCUGGGCCCCGCUUGCUGCAGCCGGCCUGUGCCAGCCGCAUCCCAGGAGGUGGGUGAGGGGCAGAGAUGGGGAGGGUCUGGGUUUUAGCCAAUUCUCCGUGUUCUCAGAGUGCAAAGAGACAACACAACAAUACUUCUGCCUUACGGAGUACCGUCAGAAUAAGAGAAGCAUCAGCGUGUUGGGGAAGACACUCAUUUCUUGCAAAGUGAUGCAUUCAGAGUUAGCUGCCUUUCUGAAACAAAAAUAAAAAAUACAAAAACUACUGUAUGUUACUUUGAAAAUGUGAAUAGUAUUUUUAUAGCUUGUUAAAGACACAGCUAGUUGCAUUUGUAAAUAAGGAUAAUGUUGCUUUUAUUUUCCUUGUGAACACCAUUAUUUGGAACAUAAUUGUCCUUAGGGUUGAUUUGUAUAUAGGUAAUUUGCUUGUGAUUUAAGCCGCUCCUCCCCUUUUCUUUCUCUUCCUUCCCACCCUCUGGUUUCGGUUAGAAGUACCAUUCUUGGCAUUCUGUGUGAUUCUGUGUUUUAGCACUAUUGUGGUGUGUUCAGACUUUCUGCACUUGCUUACACAGUAGGGUAUGCCAAUCGUGUGUGGCGUAAUGUUACUUUAACCUUUCGUUUCUCAUAUUUUAGCUAUCGAGGAUUAUGCACUGUUAAAAUACUUACUGACCUGGGUUAAUAUUAGGUACAUAUUUUAGCAUAAUUUCCCUUCUUUUCAUGGUUUCUUGUUUUUUCUUUUUUUCCUUCCCUCCCCUUUUGUCUUGUUUGGAGGCUGGGGAGAAACCUGUGGAUCUUCUCUUCGUGUGGUUAUAUUCCCCCCCCCUGUGUGCAGUCCUGAGUUUCUCCUCAUGGUCCUUGGGUAGAGCUUUAUCUGUUUGUUAAGGCAAAUGUAGACUGCGACCCACCUUGCAUCAACCCACGCUCAUCCCAGCUGAACAAUUUGAAAACUGUUCUGCCUUUUUGUUACAUGAAUCUGUCAGAAAUAUAUUUUUAAUUUAAUAUAAAUGAAAUUCAAUAAAAUACAAAACAAA